AUGGGCUUCGUUUUGUGGGGGUUCUUGACUGAUUUCUUCACCUACGAGACCACCAAAUCCGUGGUGGUAAAGAGCUGGUCUGUGGGUAUCAUCAACCGUAUUGUACAGCUGCUCAUCAUCACCUAUUUUGUCGGCUGGGUCUUCAUCCAUGAGAAAGCUUAUCAGUCAAGCGACACCAACAUUGAGUCCUCCGUGAUGACCAAAGUCAAAGGCUUUGGUUAUCUACAAAACCAAAACCAAAAUGAGAACUAUCAGAAUCGUGUGAUGGACGUGGCUGAUUACGUGUCGCCCCCUCAGGGUUCAGGCGUGUUCUGCAUCAUCACCAAACUCAUCGUCACUGAAAAUCAGUUCCAAGGACGAUGUACAGAGACUGGGAAGAGGUUCAUAUGUUCUUCCGAUGAAGACUGCCAGAAGCAUGUUGGCAGCAACCUUUCCAACGGUGUAAUAACAGGUGCUUGCCUUAAAAACUCCAAUGAGUCCCAUGGCAUGUGUGAGAUGGAAGGAUGGUGUCCAGCUGAAAAUGAUGCCAUCAAAAUUGAACCAAUGGAUGUGAACACCUUCACUAUUUUCAUCAAAAACAGUAUUCGUUUCCCUCUUUUUAAUGUCACCAGAGGGAACUUUCCACCCACAAUGACAGCCGAUGAAAUCAAGAAAUGUAAAUACCAUCCAGAGGACAACCCCCUUUGCCCCAUCUUUCGUGUGGGGGAUGUGCUGAACUACACCGGUCAGAAUAUAACCGAACUGUUAAGCAAGGGUGGAGAAAUAGGAAUAAACAUUCAGUGGGAAUGUAACCUGGACUUAAACAUUGAAAAAUGUAUUCCCGAGUACUCCUUCACACGACUCGAUGCUCCAUUUGCCAAGAAUGCUGUGUCCAAAGGAUACAACUUCAGAUAUGCAAAAUAUUUCAAAACAGAGAAUGGGACUGAAUUUCGGACUCUUCAUAAAGCUUUUGCGAUCCGUUUUGAUGUCAUGGUCACUGGCAAAGCAGGAAAGUUUAACACAAUCCCAACUAUGAUCAACUUGGUAGCUGCCUUUACCUCGAUUGGACUGGGCGCGGUUCUCUGUGACAUCAUCUUACUAAACUUCUUGAAAGGGGCAGAGCAGUACAAAGCCAAAAAGUUUGAAGAGGUGUCAGAGGCUCAGAUAGAAGCUUCCAUAGCUCAGAGUCCAGGGAGCCAGCUGUCACUCAAAUGCAUGAAGAGCUCCUGUGACUCUGGAGCACUUUCUCUCAACACCUAUGACCAACCUCUCUAACCGACAGCAGCAAUGUGAAGACAUGGGCUCCCCUUCCUCUUUUCCUUUCCACCUUAUUAUAAGAGGUAUUCAGCUUUA